UCCCCGUCACGUCACCUUGGCUCGGCCGCAGGCAGGAGGUGCGCGGCCGCGUCUCCGACGAUCGCACGCCCCGGCGGUGGAUCACGAACGCCCCCAGAGCAGCAGAGCCCGGCGGAGGGCGGGACGAGAGCCGAGCACGCAAGAUAGUGCUGCCUGAAAGCUACGAGGCCAACAACCCAACGACUCUGGAAGCUCAGUCCUCUCCGGAUCUGUGAUUCAGAAGUAGUAAGAGUCAGGUUACAUGUCAUUAAGAGUCCUGCGGUGCUGCAGCAAUGAAAAUCAGAAUCCUGUUAUGGUCUUCAUCCUCUAUGAAGAAGCUUUGUUGCCAAGAUUUGCUCUGAAGAUGACCCACACUACUGAAUGCAGCUGUCUGCAAAUGUAGGAGCCAACACAUGCUAUGUUCCGCCCUCCCUUGACUUUCCUGUUUCUCGUGGAAUUUAUAUUUCUAAAGUGUUUCUAGAUCUUUACUGAAGAUGUUUGGAUUACAGCUAUGAGCAUGUCUAUGCAAAGAGAUGAGCAAGCCUGAGCAAUGCUGAGAUAAGCAUGAGAUCACCGUGGCACAGCUGCAUGUGUAGUCACUCUUGGAGCAAUUGCACACCUAAUUGGCUGACAAUCUUGGCAUUUUUAAAACAAACACAAGCCUUUUAAAGACAGGGGACAUGUUUAUGUACAAAUAGUCAAAUUAACCUGUGGGGUGUCAUCAAUGGAGCCCUCUGGCAGUGAACAGUUGUACGAUGACCCUGAUCCUGGAGGCAAAUCCCAAGAUCAAGAGACCAAAAAACAGCACGAAUCAGAGCAAAAAUUAUCCAAAAUAACCCAUAAUGCUUUGGAGAACAUUAAUGUGAUUGGUCAAGGCUUGAAGCACCUUUUCCAGCAUCAGCGCAGGAGGUCCUCAGUUUCUCCACAUGAUGUUCAGCAAGUUCAGGCUGAUCUGGAGUCUGACAUGGAUUUGGAAAGCCAAAGCACCUGUGCUGAAAUUGAUGGUGUCUCCACCCACCCUACAGCUCUGAACCGAGUGCUUCAGCAGAUCAGAGUGCCACCUAAAAUGAAGAGAGGGACGAGCCUGCACAGCAGGCGGGGCAAGAUGGACCCUCCCAAAGGAAGUCCGCAGAUCAACAGGAGGUCUGCCCAAGAUAUGCAACCAGGUCGUCCCAGAUCGUCGUCUACUACAGAUGCUCCCACGAACUUGUCCGUGAUGGAGAUUGCUUCUUCUGUCUGUGUAGGUGGAGAGGAGGCCGCAACAGCAAUUGAGCGACUGGAAGUCAGCAGCCUAGCACAGACCUCCAGUGCAGUGGCCUCAAGCACUGAUGGCAGCAUCAACGCAGACUCUGUUGAUGGCACCCCAGAUCCUCAGCGUACAAAAGCAGCCAUCACACAUCUGCAGCAGAAGAUACUGAAGCUGACCGAGCAGAUCAAAAUCGAACAAACAGCCCGUGAUGACAAUGUGGCAGAGUACCUGAAGCUAGCCAACAAUGCGGACAAGCAGCAGAGUGCCCGCAUUAAGCAAGUGUUUGAGAAGAAAAAUCAAAAGUCUGCCCAGACGAUCUUGCAGCUGCAGAAGAAGCUAGAACAUUACCAUCGAAAGCUGCGAGAAAUUGAACAAAAUGGAAUCCCUCGGCAGCCAAAGGAUGUCUUCAGGGAUAUGCAUCAGGGAUUGAAAGAUGUUGGAGCGAAAGUCUCUGGCUUCAGUGAGGGAGUAGUAGACAGUGUUAAAGGCGGGCUUUCCAGUUUCUCCCAAGCCACGCAUUCAGCAGCAGGAGCUGUGGUUUCCAAACCCCGGGAGAUUGCCUCUCUCAUCAGGAACAAGUUUGGGAGUGCAGACAAUAUUGCUAAUCUGAAAGACUCCUUAGAAGAAGGCCAGGAAGAUGGGACAGGAGGCAAGGCUCUAGGUGUUAUCCAGAACUUUCAGUCAAGCCCAAAAUAUGGCAGUGAAGAGGACUGCUCCAGUGCUACUUCAGGCUCAGUGGGAGCCAACAGCACAACAGGGGGCCCUGUGGGAGCUUCCAGCUCCAAAACAAACACUCUGGAUAUGCAGAGCUCAGGGUUUGAUGCAAUAUUACAUGAGAUUCAAGAAAUUCGAGAGACACAGGCAAGACUGGAAGAGUCAUUUGAGGACCUUAAGGUUCGCUAUCAGAGGGAUUACUCAUUAAUAAUGCAGACUUUGCAGGAGGAGCGGUACAGAUGUGAAAGACUUGAAGAGCAGCUAAAUGACCUGACCGAGCUCCAUCAGAAUGAGAUCCUGAAUCUGAAACAGGAGCUGGCCAGCAUGGAGGAGAAAAUUGCCUAUCAGUCUUAUGAGCGAGCCCGGGACAUCCAGGAGGCCCUGGAAGCAUGCCAGACCCGCAUCUCCAAGAUGGAGCUACAGCAGCAGCAGCAGCAGGUAGUGCAGCUGGAGGGUCUGGAGAAUGCCACAGCCAGGAACCUGCUGGGGAAGUUCAUCAAUAUCCUCCUGGCUGUUAUGGCCGUCCUCCUUGUCUUCGUCUCCACUGUGGCCAACUGUGUCGUGCCCCUCAUGAAAACUCGCAAUAGGACGUUCAGCACUUUAUUCAUAGUGGUUUUCAUUGCCUUUUUGUGGAAGCACUGGGAUGCCAUCUCUGGCUACUUGGAACGGUUCUUGUCUCCCCCCAGAUGAUGCCAUGAGGAAUCGGCUGCGUCGCCCCCUCCCAGCACGCUUGGUGAGCAAGCGUGGCAAAGAUUAGUCAGCAACUACUCCGCUGAAGUUUUAAAGUGUCUGAGUGAAUUUGUUUACAUUUAGGAUAACGUUUUUUCUCUGCGAGAUGCAUUGCAAUAGUAUUUUUUAGAUUUUAUUCAAGAACUCUUUUUGGCGAGAAUCCCGGAUAAUUUUUAUGUAGCAUGGUUCUCUUUGGAUGCAAAUCUUAAGAUUCUUUAAAGUGUACAAAAUAAGUAAAUAAAAUACAGAAAUUUGGAGCAUACCAAUGGGCAAUUUAAACUGUGGCUUGAACUACUGUACUAAACCUGUCAGGAAGAGGAAAAUGUGAUUAACUUAAGAUGAGCAAAACUAAAUGUAGUGCACACAGCCUUGAGGGAUGGUACCACAGCAAACCUGUAACACUAAACUUUUACUGUGAAGUCUGCUCACAUUCCAUGUCCAAAUGUAUGGGUUCUGAGUGGUUUCUUUUCUUAACAAGAAAACAAAACAAUGCGUGGAUCUCUUUCCCAACUCAGCAUCUGGGUUUGCCAUUUGUGCUAACCUGAUUUAACAGUGACUUUCUAUAAGGCUGGUUAACUUUGCUAAGCAUAUGAAGUGGAAGCCUCAUGCCAUGUACAGUAACUGCACAGUUGUGCUACAGUAUUCUGAAGUAGUCCUUGAAACACUUAUCUUUAAGCAAAGCCCUUGGUCGCACUUUUAAGGUUUUUUUUUAAUGUAUGUAUAUUCACAGAUUAAACAAAAAAAAAUCCAAACAGCAUACUUGAAGAGUGUUAUACUCAAACUCUCAGUGCUUCCUUAUUGUUUCUAAUAGGAUUUUAUUAUUAUUAUUAUUAUUAUUAUUAUUGGGUUGUUGUUGGUUUUGUUUUUUUUUUUGAAGGGGUUGGGAGGGUCAUUACUUUUUUUUUUCCUUUUAAAUAAAGAAGUGAUGUUUUUAAAUGAAGAAAUGCGUGAAUAAUUGUAAGCUGUCUUGUCCUGAAACAGUUUUGAGGAGGGCAGAAGGUAGUUUCUCGUGCCAGCCUGUCUGGAACACAGUGCUGUUCAUAUGCCAUGUAUCUGUCCUCCUGUGCACACAGACGCAGCAUCAGGAAGAACGUCUAUCCUCUCCGCACGUUCUCGUCAGGCAGGUGUUUGUUUCUUUUUCCAAAUGUGAAAGAGAAGAUGUUUAUAUUUCUCAUUUCAACAUCAUCUCUCAUUCCUGGCCUUGGGAUAAGAAUAGGGAAUUUCUUUUUACACCUUCCUAGGCAACAGACAGAUUCUUUCAAGAAAAGAAAUGCUGAAUUGACAGUCUGCUUACAGGAAUGAUUGCCUCAGAAAUAUCCCCGAUUCAGUUUUUAAAUAAGCUCCUAAAAAGUGAAACCAAAGUUUUCCUCCUGUCAGGCUCUAAUAAUAUCAUCUGUGUAGAGAUUUUGUAGACUGUAUCUGUGUAGUGUGCCAUAGACAGCAUCCUCUUCUUCGUCUGCGAGGGCAAGCACUUGCUGUAGGUACCUUUUCAAAGCUCUGAAGGAAAUGUCAGCUUCAUCUGUAACUGCCCAGGCCCAGCAACACUGCUGUUGCUGAUGGAUGUUGGUACUAGCAGGCAAGGCUGUGUGUCCAAGGAAUCUGGAUUCGCUCUUGUUUUUUUUUUUUAAUUUGGUGCCCCUUUCUAGCGUAACAGUGUCAAGAUACAGCUUCCAUCUCCAUGAAAUGUCAAAAGACUGCAGGACUCUCUUUCAGCACCAUUUAUGGUGUUUACUCAGAUCUUGCUGUUUUUCCAGGUUUAUGUUCUCUCUAGGAACUAAAUGUUGCUCAGGUGCCCUAGACCAGUUGAGAUCAUACAUAUACAUACAUGGAACAUGUGCAUUAUAUAUACUAUAUUUGUAUAUGUGUAUAUGUGUGUAUGUAUAUAUGUAUAUAUAUGUGUAUAUAUAUAUAUAUAUAUAUAUAUAUAUAAUAUAUGCCGUGAUGCAAAUUCUGGACUCUUGAGAGAUUCCCCUGAACUAGGCUAACUGAUUGCUGGCCGAGGCAAGCCCUCCACAGUUCACCCAUCCUUCAGAGAUUCUUUGAUUUUUUCCAUACUCACAGAAAACUCAGGUACCCCCUCCAGGGAUCGCAGAACACCUGCCUUUGUCACCGCAUGCACUAAUCCGCUCCUAUUGUACUUAAAACACAAAUUGCCAAUUGCAACUUACUCAAGCCAAAAAGAAUCAUUCUUCUCACAGAGCUGCAGACAGAGCAAAGGUUGCAUAAAUGUUCCCUCUCUGAGCCGUUCUUCUAGCUCAAGUGAAACUGCAUUCUGUUUACCAUCCUUAUCUGGCUGGUACAGAUUACACGGAUAAUCAUCUCUCAUUAGGUAGGUUUUGUCAGAAACAACAGCAUGGAUCACAGUAAGAAACAAUUUGGUACAUAACUGAAAAGUGUUGUUGCCUUUAUUUGUGGUACCUGGCCUCUGUUCUCCUCGGUUUUGGUCACUCAAAAAGAGCUCACGGUAGGUUUUCCUGUGGUCAAAGCAGGAGGCAAUUGGAAGCCAAUGGAUUUGGAGGCUCAGUGCCACUCAUCUGUAGUAUCUGAAGGAAAUGAUUUGUCUCUCUUCUUUAUAUCCUAAUUUCAUUUAGCGUCUCAACUGUGUCACUUUCGGUAAACGCCAUUUGCUAAUUUGCCAGGUGUAGGCUUGACAGAAUCUUAUCACCUCAAAACUGUUUGGCGAAGGCCAUGUGUAUAUGGUUCUAGACAAUGUCUGUCUGUCUGUCUCUUUCUCUCUCGACACUUUUUUCCAUUCCAGAAAGUCAUCUGCAGUAAUGCCACAUAUGAUGCUGCAUCCACUUUCCUUAUCCUAACAGGACUGCCAUGUGUUUUGCCUUUUGCAUUAGCAGAAUGUUUUGGGGCUUUCCUCCCUUUUCCAUUUGAAGGUCUGUGACAAUUUCUGAUAGAUUAACAAGGAUUCUAUUAUUGGAAAUGUGAUUCUAGCUUUAUGGCUCCCUUUCCCUGUAAGUGGCUGUGUUUGCUUUCUUGAUGAAGCAUUCCUGGAUGAUGCGUAGAAGAGUAUCCGCUGUGGAUGUGGGUGUGCAUGUGUGAGUACUUUAUGGACCUUCCUUACAGAUGUACGCUAUUUUAGUGACCGUCUCUGAGUUGCAGAAUGUUUCCCUAAACAUUUCAUAUUUGGAGUUGGAACAAUUCUGAAAUUAUUUGAGUAUGUUUAGCACAUAUCAACUUGGCAUAUGAAAAGGGCAGAAUAUAAUGGACUGUGUUAGUUGGAAAAGCAGCAGCUCUUCAGAGAAAUUCUAGGGUUCUAGUGAGGUUCAUCUGUUUUUCCCUAUUUGUUUUCUCAAUGUAAAAAAAAAAAAAAAGCCGUCGAUGCAAAAAAUAACUGGUUUUGAUUUUACGAGUUUCCUUUUCCUCUCAGCUUCAUUAGUUUAGUUUAAUGAUACUGAGCAUGCUCACAGCAGUGAUUUCAUUGGUUUAUUCCAGUCCUGUGAGUUUUUAGGGUCUGAUCAGAUUAAUUAUUGAGUUCUGUACGUGUUGCACUGGGACAGAAAAGCACUGUCUUUCAGCUUUGACAAAUAUGCAUUUUUUAAAAUUAAACAAAAUGGCAGCAUUAUAACAAAAUAAGCCAAGCUACAAAGGGGUCCGAGAUUGGGUAGUUCUGACAGUUCUUAAGUGAAUUCUGAAUGUGGCUAAAGAGUUAAAACCCUGUGUGUCUGUGUCGUGUAUGCCAGGUGGUAUAGUGGUAGGCAAUUGACUUAGCUGUAAGUGUGUUUUAAAAGUGUAAAAAAAUAAACAGGAAAACUCACUUGCACGGAUUGAAGAGUACAGAAAUGACACUUGUGAACGUAACACUGUAGUUUGUAGAUCUUAAGCUGCUAAUUGUUGAGAGAGAUUUACAUUUGUCUUGUCUGAUUGUUGCAGAUUUAUCUGUGACACUUUUACUGUAUAUAAAAAAAAAAAUUAAAUAAAGACCUCAGCUAUUAACACUG